AUGGAGAACUAUACCAUAGACUCAGGCGAGUGGCCACUGACAACAGAAUUUGACUACGGUGAUUCAGCACCAUGCAUGGGAACUGAAGAAAAGUAUUUUGCAGCAAAACUUUUGCCACCACUUUAUUCUCUGGUGGUGAUACUUGGCCUCAUAGGCAACAUGCUUGUUGUCCUCAUCCUGGUAAAAUACAAGAGAUUGAAGAGUAUGACUGACAUCUACCUGCUCAAUUUGGCAGUAUCUGAUUUGCUGUUUGUAUUUUCUCUCCCUUUUUGGGCUUAUUACGCUGUUCAUGACUGGAUUUUUGGGGAGGCGCUGUGUAGAAUUCUCUCAGGUGUCUACCUCCUGGGCUUCUACAGUGGCAUCUUCUUCAUAAUCCUGCUGACCCUAGACAGGUAUCUGGCCAUAGUGCACGCAGUGUUUGCUUUAAAAGCCAGGACAGUCACCUACGGCAUCCUCACCAGUGUUGUCACUUGGGCUGUUGCUAUUUUUGCUUCUGUUCCUGGGAUAGUAUUUCACAAAACUCAAAAGGAAAAUUCACGUUACACUUGCAGUGCUCAUUAUCCAAGUGAAGCCACAAUCAGUUGGAAGUACUCCUAUACUUUAAAGAUGAAUAUUCUGGGACUUAUUGUUCCAAUGCUCAUUAUGAUUUUCAGUUACUCACAAAUACUAAAAACAUUAUUGAGAUGCAAGAAUGAGAAAAAACAGAAGGCAGUCAGACUUAUUUUCAUGAUCAUGAUUUUUUACUUCAUCUUCUGGACACCGUUCCAUAUUUCUUCUUUUUUGCAUACAUUUCAAAGUUCACUUUUCAACCCAAAUUGUGAAAUCAAAGGCCAACUGGAGAAAGCAAUCCAAGUGACAGAAACAAUAUCAAUGAUCCAUUGUUGUAUCAAUCCUGUGAUCUAUGCAUUUGUUGGAGAAAAAUUUAGAAAAUAUCUUUAUGCCUUUUUCCGAAAGCAUGUUGCAGCCCACCUCUGCAAAAAAUGUCCAAAUCUUUAUCGUGAAAAAAUAGAAAGAGUUAGUUCCACAUUCACACCAUCUACUGCAGAGCAUGAUAUCUCUACUGGACUGUAA